CUGAGGAAGGCUGCACAGAAGACGUUGAGACGGAGAGGCAAAGGUAUCAGGCAACAAGGGAAAGAAGGAGAACACCAACAAGGGAAUAACAAAAAAAGUGAGCGACAGAGGCCCAGCCAUGAACCUGAGCUUGACCUUUGUUUUGUUUAUUGUCCAAAGUCUACACACUGGUGCAACCACGAGAGGCAGAGCCCAGCGCAAACAGAGACAAGCCGAGGAGAGCCUGAGACCGUAUAUUGGCAGAGUAGAGCCAGAAAAGCUUUGUGAGCUGCUUAAAUGCCACAGUCCAGCCGGAUCUUGGUGCCAGGUAGUUCAGGAAAAUGGAGUUGGUGUCCCCAAGUGUGUCUGUCCUCAGUCCUGUCCAGGGCAGAGGGCACCAGUGUGCAGUGUUCUGGGAAAGACCUAUGGGAGUGAGUGUUUGCUGCAUAAAGAAGCUUGCAGAAAGAGACGCCGCACAGCACUGGCUCACACAGGACCCUGUCUGGUCCCCGGGGCUAAAUGCACUGAGGAAGAGUUAGGCCAGUUUCCAUAUCGUCUCCUGGAUUGGUUUCUGCUCCUGAGUCGUAUGGGGGAGUCCUAUGUACCUGCUGCCCCACCCCAGAGCUGCCUGAGCCACACCCAGAGGACACAACUCGCACAGCAAAGAUUUACCAUGCUGGAUAAGAACAACGAUGGCAAGUUGAACCGCAGGGACCUGAGGAAGCUGCGUUACAAGAAGAUGCCACUGGAACAUUGUGCUACACCAUUCUUUCAGUCAUGUGACCGUGACAUGAACAGGAAGGUGACCCUGCAAGAGUGGACAACCUGUCUAGUGGAUCACACUGAGGCCUGGUUCUACCAUUUCAUGUCGAUGAAAAUGGGCUCCCGCAAGCUGUGUCCUUCAAUCAAAGAGAACCACCUUUGAGAGGAAAAAGGGCCUUGAAAUCCUUCCUGCAUGUCUUUUACAUUGAAGAACUUGCAGAAGAAUAUAUCACCCUGGUUAUCACAAAGCUACAGGAUAGCAUCUCUAGACACUGCUCACGCAUCUUACUGCCCAACAGAACUGCAGCUCAUAAUGUAGAGAUUUA